AUGCAGCGCGCCGCGCGGGUAGCGCGCCCCGCGGGUAGCGCGCCCCGCAGGCGGCGCGCCCCGCGGGCGGCCCAUCGGCGUGAGCGUGAGGAGCAGGUGCUGUUGGAGAGGGAGCGGCAGGAGUUGCGGCAGUUGGACCUGCUGGAGCAGCAGCAGCAGCAGCAGCAGCAGCAGCAGCAGCAGCAGCAGCAGCAGCAGCAGCAGCAGCAGCAGCAGCAACAGCAGCAGCAGCAGCAGCAGCAGCAGCAGCAGCAGCAGCAGCAGCAGCAGCAGCAGCAGCAGCAGCAGCAGCAGCAGCAGCAGCCGCAGCAGUAG